AUGCACGGGCAGGAUCUAAUCACCUGGAACUUGAUGAUAACCGCGUUUGCACGGUCCCUUGAUCUGGCUAGAAAGUUCUUUGACAGGAUGCCUAAGCGGAACGAGGUAGCAUGGAACUGCCUAAUUUCCACAUUUGCCAAAUGGACCUUCGUCUGGAGGUUUCCAAGGCCCUGUUUGACGUUAUGCCGUAACAGAAUUCUUUUUCGUGGACAAGGAUAUUCAAUGCGUAUGCCCAGCCGGGCAUAUACUUGGCGCCCUGUGUUUAAGAGGAUGCCACUUCAUGAUGCCAUGUUGUCAACGGCCAUGAUCACUGCGUUUGUGCAAAAUGGAAUGGAUGUAGUCAUUUCAGUUGAAGAAAACAGCUCCAUUAAUCUUGUGAAUAUCAUGUUCGAGAAAAUGCCUUUCUGCAAUGUCGUCUCCUGGAAUGCUGUUGUUGCAGCAAAUGCCCAACUUGGAUACGUUGAAGAAAUGAACGCUCGCAUUCGACAGAAUGCUACAGAGGCACGUUGUGUCAUGGAGCUCAGUGAUCAAGGGGCUCUCUCACUGCGGCAGUCUCGCGAUGUCACAGCAUGGAACAUCAUGACCUCAGCCUACGAGCAAAACGGCUUCUUUCAGGAAGCUCUCACAACUUUCCAUAAAAUGCUUGUCCGGGACCUCGUAUCGUGGAAUGCCAUAUCAAGGCUCAUGCGCCAGCAGCUUGAUAGUGCCGAGGAGGUGACAGACAAGAUGCCGUUUGGCGCCCAUGGAGAACGAUGA